AUGGAGGUGGGCACAAUUUUGAUGAAUCGCUAUGAAAUUGGGAGGCUCUUAGGACAAGGGGACCUGGCAAAGGUAUAUUAUGCUCAGGAUCUCACAAGUGGACAAGGUGUUGCAAUAAAGAUGAUUGAUAAGGACAAGGUCUCAAGCGUUGAGCUGAUGGUGCGGAUAAAGAGGGAGAUUUUUUUUUCUCAUCUGUUAAGACAUCCAAACCUCCUGAAACUUGUGGAGGUUACGGCUAGCAAGAUCAAGCUUUAUUUUGUUUUGGAGUAUCCUAAAGAUGGUGACCUUUACACCAAAAAUGUCAUUGGAAGGUUAAGUGAGGAUGCUGCGAGGAAGUACUUCCAUCAGUUGAUUGGUGCCGUGGAGUACUGCCAUAGCCAAGGUGUUUAUCAUCGCAACUUGAAUCUAGAAAACAUACUCCUGGACCAGAAUGGCAACCUAAAAAUCUCUGAUUUUGGUCUAAGUGUCCUACCUGGGUCCAGGGAAGAUGGCCUCUUCCAUUACCCCUGUGGAACUCCAGCUUAUGUUGCUCCCGAAGUGCUUAGCUGGAGAGGCUAUGACGGUGCGAAGGUUGACAUAUGGUCCUGCGGAGUAAUUCUAUUUGCGCUGGUGGCUGGUUACCUUCCUUUCCAAGGCACAGAUCGUACAGAUUUGUUUAAUAAAAUUUCCUUAGGGAAAUAUGAAUGCCCUUCUUGGAUUUCUGUUAAGCUGAAAGAUAUACAGUACUACGUAAGAUUCUUGAUCUAG